CCCAAACCCCUUCAAACCCCAGAAUCCUCCCCCGCGUUCGAAAGGCCUAAAAACCUGGGAACAAAACCUUCAAAACGGAGACUCGCACUUCAUUCGUUCCGAAUCCCAAAAGAAUCAACUGAAGAAUCAGAAUCAGAAUCAGUCGAGCUCUGAACGAUAGAAGGAAGGAAGGAAGAAGAUGAGCAAUAAGCACGGCCCUCCCAAGCACCAGAACAAGUUCGCUUGGAAACCUAACGCCGGUCGCAAAAUCAACGAGACGGAAGUUGGAGGGAGGUUCAGGCCGCUGUCGGAGGUCACCGGCGUAUGCCAUCGCUGUAAGGAGCAGAUCGAGUGGAAACGCCGUUACGGCAAGUACAAGCCUCUCUCCGAGCCUGCCAAAUGCCAACGUUGUUCGAAACGCAAUGUCCGUCAGGCUUACCAUAAUCUAUGUCACGGUUGUGCCAAGGAGCAUGGUUUAUGUGCAAAGUGUUGUUGCCAUGUGAGCCAGACGGUUGGAAGGGAUUUGACUGAAGUAGAAGCUGAGCAGAAGAUGCUUGAGGAGGCUAUCAAGAAUGCUCGAGAAAGGGACAGAAGGUCUCUAGUUCGAGCUAUGAACAAAGGGAAAUCGAAUGAUUCAGCUGAAACUACAAUCGAGAGUGUAAACAAGGUUGGGGAGUUAUUUCCAUCGGCAACUCUUGAAGACUAUGCAGAAUUGAGCAGAGAUGAUGAUGAAGAUGACAAUGAUGAAGGGCGAGUUUUGUAACUAAGAAAGGUGGAAACAGAGUUUACGUAGUUGUGUUGAGCAUGAAAUUCGCCCCUUGAUAGCAUUAGCAUGCAUCGUGUUGUUUUUCAACAAUAUGAAGAACGCCUAAAUAUAGGAAUGCAAUAUUUAUUCCGACAAGAAAUUUUUUUUUCCCCCCGACUUAUUGCAAGAAGAUGAGGAUUAUUAUUAUUUAAAAAAUAAUAGGACUAGUAGUAGUAGUAACUCUACUUAUCUUGCUCUUU